AUGCCACGCUCAUCCGCUGCGGGUAGGAAAAACCAAAGCAAUCGACACGACAAUGGUCUCGUCGGUCCCGGCAAGAAAGUGACCAAGCAGAAAUCGUCCGGCCAACUGAACGCUUCGCCCGCCAACCGCGCCGCCGCCAGUUCGGCCACCGUCCCCAUCGACCUGUCCGCCAACCGCUCCACCAGUGACUCCGCGAUCACCUCCCCGGCGGUCGCAGCCAAAGAGACGGAUGGAACCAAGCCAGAUGGGAAUGGGCACGGAAUGCUGAAUGGUAACGGCAGAAGUGUGGAAAUGGACUGCAGCCAGGCCAACGGUGCCGCGCCGCACAACGGCGGACUCGCGGGCUCAGUUGCUCGUAAUGGUGCCUCAAAACGUUCCGGCUCCAACGCGUCGAUCAAUCCCCUCCAGCUUGCGUCCACCAUUCUCAAGUCGUGUCCCAUGUACGAUACCAUCGCCAUUCUGAUUUUCUUGCUCCAACUACCCCCGAUGGUCUUGACCAUGGUCCAAUUCCUCUUCGCAUCCUUGACGUUCAUGCCACCGAGUGGUGGCGCCGCCGGCUCUCUAUCCUCGAAUUUCGAUAUCUUUCAAGGUCCCGCCGGCACACCUUCUCUGGGAACAAUGAUCGCGAUGGAUGGCUUCUGCCUUCUUUUCUGGGGUCUCUUUAUGUGGGCAUGGGCACAGAAUUUCGCAAUCGAUCUUGCCCAUGUACAGGUCGCCAUCACACUGGGCGGCGGAGGCUCAGGGAAGAAUGGCGGGGUUAAUGCUUUGUGUGUGGGGAUUGUUCUACUUCUUCAUAUCGUCCGUAGCAAGGGCGUACAGGAAUAUGUAGUCGGGCAUCUCGCAUCCACCAAACUCGUCAAUCCCGACAUUCUUUCUCAGUUUUCGAAUCUUCUACCCGUCGAAUUCCGACGUUCCGAUUCCCACUCGUCUCCGAGUUGGCUCCGAAGCCUUCUCGCUGUUCAUAUAUUAGCACAGGCAGGAACCGCUAUGGUCCGACGGGUAAUGGCUCAGAAUCGGUCCCCUACCCCUCAGAAAGGCGGCAAACGUGGUGAUACCGAGGCCUCGGCCGGCUCACAGGCCCAACAGGACUCGGCUAUGGAAUCAGCCGCUAGCCUCUCAUCUUCGCUCCAUGGCCCAGAUGGUCAAAUCAAGGACGGAAAAGAUCGUUUCACGUCAGCGAAGAAGCGCAGGCGGCAAGCCAAUCAAGUUCGAAGUCGUCAACCGUUCUGGGCCGCACUCGCCAGUACCAAGGUUACAGUCAUGCGAGAAUAUGAGCACUCACGCGCCUCCUCGAAAGCAACUCGCGGUCUCACCAUGGCCGAGGAUGAUCUUCAAGGUUUUUCGUUGGAUGACGGACUGGUAUUAAUCACGGAUGUGGAUAGUUCUUCGAUCAAGUUCGCCGCUGGAGAUCUUGUCGACGACUCUGUGGCGCCAGGCUCUUGUGAAGUCAAUCGCUUGGAUGGGCAGAUGGAACCGUUCUACGUGUGCGUAAAUGGGGCGCUUUGGGCGACUGCGACUAUCUACAAGGUCAAGGAUUCUUCAAAGGGUCAGAAUACGGUCCAAUGGCGGGGCGAGAUCUCUGGGCUUGCUCCUAACUGCGCCUACACCUGCUCUUUCGUUCGCUGCGAUACUGGCGAAGAAAUCUGUGCCAUGAGUGUCAAGACUCCCGCGGCAGCUGACACAGAACAAGCUGUUUCUACUGUACCCACGCCACCCCAGCCGCCCUAUCGACCCUCCUCCCCGACCACGACACUGAAGAACUCCAUCAUCAAUGCCGAGGCAAAGCUAAACGAAAAACGCGCUCGGCUCAAGAAGACGAAAAACGACCACAAACUUCUGAUCUCGAGAAUCCGCAGGGAACUAGACAACUUCAGCCAUCGCCUUAACAGCGGCACGGACGAAAAUCGGCAAAAGCAGCGUUCACUGCAACUUGAGCGAAACAUUCGGCAGACAGAGGAGGCGACUGCAGCUCUGGAGGUGCAGCUGGAUAACAUGGAGAAUGUGCCGGAAGAGGAGCUUAAGGAGUGGUCUGCAAACAAGGCCGCAUUCGAACGGGAGCUGGAGCGUUUCAACUCUACCAAGGAAGAAAUCUCCCAGGCUCGUAUUGCAGUCGCACAGCAAUUGUCUUCCAUCGAGCAGGAUUUGAAUCUGGCCGUUCAGAAGCGCGAGCGUCUUCAGGGCCGCCGUACUCGAGUCAACGAACAGUAUGAACGCCUCAUCUCCGCCAAUGCACAAGGACUGAACGAGCGGGAGCGUCGUGCGGCCGAGCAGUUUGCUCGGGAACAAGAUCAGGCCAAGAUGGAGCUUAAUUUCCAGGAGCAAUUCAACAGCAUUUCUCAGGCUGUCCAGGACUUCCAACUGCGCACUAGCCAACUUUGGCAGCAGGCAUCUGCUUAUGAACAAUGCUCCUGGAAUCCGGCCCUCUCACCCCCUGAGGGCAACCUGCCGGGCACGAAUCCUUUGCUCGAAAAUAACUUGAAUGUGUCGACAACCUCUGCUCCGAAUGGUCGAGCUCUACUAGGCCUCGCUUUCCCUCCUGCCAAGUCCAGCCCUCUGCAAACCUCUUCGUCUCCUGUUCACGCCACUUCGUCAAACCCGACAAGCCCGGUAUACGAUGCUUUCAUGCCGCAUUUCCCGACUUCUCCGCUUGGCACUGGCGCCUCGUACUUCGUUUCGGAUACCAACCGCGAUCGGUCCUUCUCAAACCGCUCCGCUCGCAGCAGCCAGUAUGGUUCGGAGUACUUUGACGCUCAACGCAUGCCUCCUGUUCAUAUCGACUUGUCGGAGCUGCUUUCCGACAAACAGCGUACCAACUCCAACGAGAAUGUUUUUCUCCAAGGCGGUCGUCCAGUUCCAAGCCCUUUUCAACGGGCUGCGAGUCGAGGCAGCGGAGCUGACAGUGGUAGCGGCGGUAGCUGGAGUGGUAGUGGCAGUCCCCGGUCAAAUCGCGAUUAG